UCCGAGCACCUGCCAAAGUCGGAGGUUCCCGAGUUGUUUUUGAGGAGGAGAAUGAGGGUGUAAACACAGCGAUUGAAAGAUAAAUAUGACACGAACUGUCACUCGGGCAGCUGUUUGGUUUGAAAGAUCAUGAAUGGUGAUGAUUGUCAUUUCACUGAAAGACAGAAUCUCCUUACUCGACUUCUUGAUGCUGUUAAACAGUGUCAGGUGAGAUUUGGCGGACGAUCAGAGCUUGCCACCGAUGCAGACAGCAGGGUGUCCUGUCUGUGUGCAGCGUGGGAGGCGGCACUACAACAUGGCAUGCGCAAGAACAACAAGGCUCUUUCUGCCAUCAAGCAGGUGACGGAGAGAGCAGGGCUGUCAAAAGUGACAGAUUUCCUCAAUGACAUCAAGAAUAUUGAUCCUGAGCCUGCCUUCUGGCAGUAUGCAAAGGAGGUCCUGACUAAACAUGAACUACAACGCUUCGCCAACCUCAAGACCAUCAACACUGAUGCUGGACGAGGACGGGCUUGGCUCCGAGCCUCAUUCAAUGAACAUUCCCUGGAGAGAUACAUGCACAUGUUCAUCGAUAGCGAGGACAUGCUCAGUCAAUUUUAUGAAGAAUGGGCAUUCCUCCGCGACCAAGAGAGAAGCAGCAUGCUGCCCAUGAUGUCGGCCGGUCUUGGUUCUAUUUUGUUUGCUAUCACCAUUGACCGGCCAGAGCUGAACAGAGCACACCAUCUGUCUAACAAUGUACAUGUCAACAACACUGCUGAUCAUGGGUCGGCUCCGGACAUUCAGGAGGAGCCCCAUGCAGUCAUAGCCGGAGACAAUGAAAUUGCAGAGAGUGCCAAAAAGAAGGAAAAAAAGAAAAAGAAGAAGAUAGCAAACAUUGUCAGCUUUGAUGAGGACGAUGCUGAUGUGUUCAGUGAAUCGGGGUCAGUGACCGCCAAGUCCAGGAAGUCUCCCCACAGCUCCGUCAGCUCUGAUCCCAUAUCCAGGGAGGAUUCCAUCAAGGAUAUGUCAGACAAUAUGGAGGACAAAACAGGUGUUCAAAUGAGAAAUGGAGAUCCAGGUGAUGGAUUCUCUUCAAAGGGAGGCAACUCUGGCCAAUCAAAUAAGGCAGCUCCUAUUGUGAGUCAGACAUCUUCAGAUGGAUUGUCAAGGUCAAGUCUAGGGUCAUUCAGUUCAGAAGAUGUGGAAUUAGGGGAGAGUACAGCAACUUUGACGCCCCUCUCACGGUCAGGUCAACCUAUUGACUUGACGCCACCUAGUGGCAGAAAUUCCUCUCAGAGCCAGUCAGUGGACUCUGAAGUUCUGGGGUAUACGGGAGAGGAAGUGGAGUCGGCUGCCCUGGCACUGGCUAUGGUACAGAAGGGGCUCAAUCAGAGCCCUCGUACUCAAGGAGAUGGUGGCAGUAUUGACGAAGUGUUGGAACAGCAGGGAAUCAGUGGGCAGAGUAUGUGUCACACAACUAGUUCCAUUGCCCUGCCCUCCAGCCCUAAGACAGCAGCUGAGAAGAGUGACUUGAAACAAGCUGUAGUUGCCAUGAUGCUACGGAAGGAUGAGGUCGAGGAGCAGAACAAGUCAGUGAAGGCGAUGUUGGAGCAUGAGAUGGAGACUUCAUCGAUGUUGCGGGCAGAAAUUGAGGAGCUGAAGUUGCAGCAGCAGUCUCGGCAGGAGAUGGACCUUGCCAAGAUACAAGCAUUGCAGAAGGAGAACGAGCUGUUGAAGCACCAGCUGCGGAAGUAUGUGAACGCUGUACAACUCCUGAGGACUGAGGCUGUUAACAAAGAUGCUAAUCUGGGAGUGAGCCUGGAGGACCCCCAGCCAACCAUACCCCCGGAGAAACCCAUGAUUGACUACAGCUACGAGGCAUCGGAGUACGAGAAGAAACUCAUCCAGGUAGCAGAAAUGCAUGGCGAGCUGAUGGAGUUCAAUGAGCUGCUGCAUCGUCAACUCAACAGUAAGGAGACGCUGCUGAAGCAACUCCGCCAGGAGCUGGUCAACCUCCGUGGACCACUUCCAUAUGACUCCCAAGCCUCCAUUGAAGACUCCCUGCCGGGGGACACAGAUGCCCUUGCUUUGACUCGGACCCUGGUGAACAUCUGGAUCCCUUCAGCCUUCAUCAGAGGGACUGCCACCGACUCACACCAUGUGUACCAGAUUUAUGUCCGGAUACGAGAUGAAGAGUGGAAUGUCUACCGCCGAUAUAGCCAGUUUCAUGAUCUGCAUGUCAAGUUAAAAAAACUCUACCCGCUGGUCAGCAAAUAUGAAUUCCCACCCAAGAAAACAAUCGGCAGCAAGGAUGCCAAGGUGGUGGAGGUUCGUCGUCAGUCACUCCAGAAAUACCUACGUCGAAUGAUCAACCUACUCAUGGAGAAGAAUGAACAAUUUGUGGCAAGCGUCACAAAAGAAACUUUAAUGACCACCCUACCAUUCUUCAAUGACCAGGAUGAAGGGAGUAAGAGAGGUCGGAAAGGGAAACCUGUAAUUCCGAAACGGAGUGCCCAGCCUCCUGCUCCAGUGCCGUCACAGCAACAGCUGCAGCAGGGUGCAACAUCAUCAUCAUCUCAAGGGGCAGGGCUAUGACACUCUGUUGACCCAUAGUAUUUGUUUCCUGGGACAAAAGCAGUGUCAAAAGCCAGCUUUGAUUUUACUAUGUCAUGCAAUCUGUCAUUCUCAGGUCAUAGUAAAAAUACAUUUUUGCUUUUUCUACAGUAGGUAUCAGCAAACAAAUCAUGUUUAUGAAAUUUGUAUCAUAUUACUUGUAGUUACGUAAGUUUACUUAGAAAAUUGAAAUACACACCAUGCCUAGCUCCUUAGCAACAUUUUAAAUUAUGUUGUAAGGGAAAUAUUGUUUUAUGUACACAUACUGCUUUACCUAAAACUUAUUCCAUACUGCUUGUGCCUCAACAUUCACUGUGUGCAUAUAUGUUAUAAGUGAUAUCAGUAACCUCAUAGCAACUCCUUGUGAUAUAACUGAAAUAAUGUUCAAAGUAGCAUUAAACCCAAGUUUCUCAAUACUCUGACAAGAAGCUGACAAGUCUUUUACUGGUAUCUAAAGUAUAAGAAUUAACUUCAUAUUAGAAGUUGCGUCCCUUAGGCAUGCCAGAGUCCUGUGAAUUUGUAGUGAUAGGAGCUGAUAAUUAAUCGUCUUUCAUUUUUCAAGGGUUACAUUUAAUGUGAAGCAAUUUGGGUUUAAGUAAAAUGAUUAAAGCAAGAUACAAGCAACCCAUCAUGACUUUUUGCCUUAAACCAGGUAUUUCACGUGUCAGCGUAGGUUCUGACUGUUUAGCAUGGAGACAGUUUAAAUCUUUCUGAAUUGUAUUUCAGAAGAAUUAUGUAGCAUGUUAUAUAUUAUCAGUUUGGCCUAAGUAUCUUCUUAUGCCUUAAAAACAUUCUGAAAACCUGAUCAAACAAAUUCAGAGUUUUUACUCCAAUACCAUACCUCCCUGCAUGAAUAUCUGCCAAUUCCCAUGUAGGAAGUCAUGUCAGGUGAACGUUCUAAUAUGCCAUUUCGUGUCAAGGCUUCUGAAUUCUCAGUAUGAGUGAGCGAAGCAUUCAGAGUGGCAUGUAUAUAUGAUCUGAUUUCUGUAUUCCAAAAGCGAACAUAAACAGGCAGUACUAAAUGGAAUAUAAUAAAGGCUGUGCCUUAUAUUGUGGAAAUUUUAUACAUCCUUUUGUACCUGAGCUCCAUGACGUCUGCUUCAGUAAUGGUGUAUUAUUGAGGGAAAUGUCUGUGGAUUAUCUUUUAAUAUCAAAAAUUCAAAAUUGAGGUGGUAGGGAAGGGAAGGAAAACAAGUUUUAGAAAGCUGAUGUGUGAUUGGUUCAAGAACCCAUGGAUCCUUCAUUUACAUUGGGUGGUCAAAGUUACUCAGGGUUCACCCGACAUGACCUCUAAUGGAAUAUUUAUCAGAUCUUGAUGCAGAAAGGUAUUGCAUCAGAGUAAAAGAUCUAAGUUAAGGAGAUUGGAUCAACACUGUUUCUUUUCAGAAUAUGUUUGUCUUAGCAAACUUGGUUGUGAAAAUUGGAAAUGUCUGUUCUGCUUUUAAGCUUGCUGUCUUUCAAGUCAGUGUCUGUAUUGUCAGACAUACUUUACCAGAUGUGUAUCAUGAUAGUCUUGUGCAAUAGUUUAGUUCAGAUGUUUCAUAGUUCCCAAGUUUCAACACAGAUUAUGUAUCGAGAGGCCCAUUUUGGGUAUGUGCUACGUGCGGCCCAUUUUGGGUUACUCUUUGCAGCCAUUAUAGGGUUUAUUUGUCUAUUUUUUUCAGGAGGUAAAAUACACAAUACUUCAGGGAUUAUUCCACACAAAGGUCAAUCACUUCUUGCAAAUUUAUUUAUAUAAAAUUCAUAUAUGAGAAUAUAACUGACACUUUGGUGAUCCAUAGCCUUGAGACUCUUGUGGGGAUUACAGGUAGGAGGAAUCCCCCAUAGCCAUGUGUGUUGUAAUGGCCGAUUGUGGGUUUAUAGUGUGAGACCCGGCUGAUUGUGUGUUAUUGUACCUGAUUCUGUGGAUGGUUGCUUAUGCUAUCAACCACUGGUUUGUCUGUCCCAUACUCAAUUACUUACAGGCCAUGGCAUAUUGCUGACCAUGGUAUAAAAGGAACAUCAAUCACUCACCUAGCCUAUGGAGGUGGCUACUUAAGGACACCAGUUUCAACAACUAUGGUGUCAAAAGCAUAUGUACAGUCAAGUCCCAUUAAUCUGACACCGUUAACAAUUGUCGGAUUAACGAGACUUGACUGUAUACAAUAUCUGACCUUGACGAUCGUGGACAAAUGGCAAUGUUAUGGUACCUAGGUAACUUAGAAUUAUGAUAAAUAUUCUCAAAUACAAAAUUAAUAAUAUUAAUUUAUUGCCAAAUACAUAUUGUUAUCUUAAUGAUAUGAACUAUUUGACCUUACACUUUAAUCUUCUAUUCAAACUGUGUGCAGAAAAACAGGGAUACAAAUUAAUAGUUUGAUGCUGUUUUGAUGCAUUAAGGCGUCGCAGAGAAAGUCACAACUUAAAGUUUCUUUCUUUAAAAACAGUUGUACAUCUCUGUGGAGGAAUAUAAAUAACCAAACAGUUCACCUGUCUUGUAAUUUACAGAAAAUUUACUUUGGACUUGAUUUUUUUAAUUUGUUUAUAUUUCAAUUUUGAAAAGUAAGAAGCCUGAAGAAAGCCUAUGGGUCCAUAUUUUGUCAAAUUAAACACCAUUACACUUUAAUCUUCAAAGAAUGGAGGUUAGAGCUAUGUGCUUUUAAAUAAAUAUUGAUGACAUGUUUGUCUGUGUAUAUAAUUUCUUAUUCUUGUGUUCCUGUUCAGUGUAAUUAUUGAUGAUGUCAUGCACUUGCUACUGGUAUAUAACUGUACUAUAUAAUCUGUAUAUCUUUCAUGUACAAUGUAACCUCUUAUUCUAUUCCACACGCUUCUAUAUGACUGGUAUAUAUAUGCUAUAUGUCUAUGUGCUAUAUAUAUGUUUGAUGCCACAUGUACAAUCACCUCACUUCAAGGAGCUAUUCUUGCUAUAAUGUUGUAAAUAUUAUCAUUCAGUUAAUUUUGUAUGUGCCACAGAAUAUUUUCUAUCCUCAAUACAGACAUGUUGAUUACUAGAUGUACAUUAAUUUAUAACUGCUUAGUACUAGUCACUGUAAUGCAAAAGCAGGUUAGAUGGAACUGUUUGUUGUGAAUUCACUUGUUUGAUUAUACUGUGAAUUGUCAAAAUGAUUCUGCUUGACUGGAAGGUGCUACAUUACUUCUUGCAACCACUUAGUUAAUCGACUUGAAUAUAUUUAAUCACAAAUAACUACAAAUAAGCAGGAAAAAAACUAUUAAUCAGGAUGGAACCCUUCCAAUGGAAUCAUCUUGAUUAACAAACUUUGAAUUUAACUUAUUAAAGAAUUCUAGGGUUGAAGUAAUGGCCUAUAUUUAUAUACAUCUGGAAAAAAGUUUAGCACCGCAUGUUAUAAAUUUCCAUAUGAGAUAGCCAUGUUUCUUGUAAUUUUCUUCCGAAACAUAUGUUUUCAGAGGACAUAAUAUUGUCAUGCAAAAUCUGAAAUUAUAUUAUAUUAUAUGUUUAAGUCAAAACUGACCUGGAGAACAGUGGAAAUAUGUCAAACUGUUCACAACACUGGGGCUGUGGUGAUGGAUUGUUCAAGUUGACUCAUUUCUUCCUGAGUGAGAGGUAACAAUCUACCUCCAGCAAAAGACAUUACAAAAGACCCUGUGGGUUAAAGCAUUGUUCCAAGAAGCAAUUGAAUGUUGAAUGGGUGUCAUGGCUGACACUUCAAUUAAGACAGAGGGUUUUAGUGAUGCAUCAGUGUCCUUGGUCGGUGUUCACACCAUCGACCACGGGUUGACCUGCUCCAGGUUCAACCACAGUUUACCGGAUGCUGUGAUAAAGCUGUGCUAUUGGGAACUAAAUCCUGAUGUACUUGAUUAAAGGACAGUCAAUGAGUUUGUUAAACUUGGCUUUAAUUUAUACCCGAGGAAUGGAUUGUUUCUCAGACCUAGGUUAAUGUCAGGUUGGUUUGUUAUGUGUACAUGUAUGGAAGUAAAAUUAAAAAAUGAGGUGGUUUUUUUCUUUGCUGAUGUAUGUCAAUUAAUGAUAUGUGUGUAUACAAUCAAACCAACGUCAGGGUUGCAGACAACAGUGCUCUUAUGUCUUAUUCCAGCUGCAACGGCUUUGGAGCUUGGGUUUAUUUUUGCUGUUAUAUUUUUGUAUUGUUGCAAAAUGUACAUGAAUGUGUCACUGUUAUGAAAUGUUCACUAUUGCUGCACAUUAUAUCAACUUAUAACAAGGGCAUACAUUUGAUUGCACAGUUUUGUUAAAGGGGUCGUCAGGAUUUUGAUCAAUCUCAUUAAAAUCAGAUCUUAGUUCUCGCUAUUGCUAAACAAAGAUCUGCGGACAUCCCAUUAAGGGUCACGUAGAAAUGACCUUUCAUCCAACCAAUCAGAGCGUCGCUUACCAGAU